AUGGUGCAUCACUUACAGACUGAUGUGAUCCCCGGAACAGUCCAUCUGGUCGACUUGGCCGGGACUCUCAAUGUCAAACACGAUGCCGAAGGCGGCCAGAAAGAUAUCGUCCUGUUGCCUCAACCCACGACCGAAUAUGACGACCCACUUAAUUGGAGCCGCAAGCGCAAGAUGCUCAUUGCCAUUCUUUUGCUCGUGGCCGUAUUCACAGCCGACAUCUUGACCACCCUCUUGUCUGCCGCCCUGCUUCUCAUAGAGAAUGACACCGGAAUUCCGCUGUCCACUCUCAAUUCCGGCGUUGGUGUGCAGUAUCUUUUCUUCGGCUGGUCCAAUCUUAUCUGGCAACCCCUGGGCUUGACCUAUGGUCGUCGACCUAUCAUCCUCCUAGGGACCCUCGGUAUGCUUGCCUGCUCGGUGUGGACGUCCUACGUCAAAUCCUCCGGCGAAUGGUAUGCCAACCGCGUGUUGAUCGGCUUCUUCUACGGUCCCAUCGAGACGCUCAUCGAGAUCUGCAUCUCGGAUGUGUUCUUUGCCCAUGAUCGUGGGUUCUGGAUUGGCAUGUACUGCUGGUUCCUCUUUGGUAUCCCAUACAUUGGCGCCGUGCCAGUGGGCUUCAUCGCCAAUAACCUGGGUUGGCACUGGAUCCAGUUCAUUGCUUCCAUUAUCAGCGGUGGCUGUUUCCUGCUCAUGUUCUUCUUCAUGGAAGAGACUAUGUUUUACCGCCGUCCGGUCCAAGAAGAAGUCACUGUUGAGGAGUCUGAGUACCAUGACGCCUCAUCCCCCGCUACUGACGAGAAAGGCUCCGUCACCCCACCGAAAACGGAGGUCUCGUCAGGGGAAAUAGUGACCAAGAAGACUUUCCUGCAGAAACUCAAAUUAUGGGGCGCACGCCGCCCCGGCCAGCCCAACAACUUCUUCCGCUCCAUGUGGCUGCCACUGACCCUGAUUCGCUUCCCAGUCAUUGCCGUCUCCGGCAUCCUUAUUGGAAGUGUGCUCUCGUGGUUCAACGUUGUGAACGCGACCACUGCUCUUGUGCUUGCCGCACCACCGUACAACUUCUCCACCGAAAUGAUCGGGGUUAUGUUCAUUGCGCCCUUUCUCGGCUGCACUGUCGGUUGUAUCUUCGCUGGAGUUGCAGCCAACCGCUUUGCCGUCUGGAUGUCUCGCCGAAAGGGCGGAAUUUUCGAGCCGGAAUACAGGCUAUGGAUGGCGAUCGUGCCGCUCAUCAUCCACCCUGCCGGCUGCAUCCUCUUCGGCGUUGGGGCUAACCACGGCGUGCACUGGAUGGGCAUCGCCUUUGGGCUGGCCUUUGUGGUUGGCACGUUCCCCAUCGGAAGCGCCAUUGGGAUUAACUACAUCAUCGACUCGUACAAGGAGAUCUCGGGCGAUGGGCUGGUGACAAUGAUUCUGAUCCGGAACUCAAUGGGCUUCGGGUUCAGCUACGGCGUCACGCCAUGGAUCAAUGCGACGGGCGUACAGAACACAUAUAUCGCGGUUGGCUUCAUCGGCAUGUUCUUCUGGGGCCUGCCGUUCUUGUUCAUUCUCAUCGGCAAGAAGACCCGCCAGAUGACGGCCAAGACCUACUGGACGAUGGUGGAGAAGCAUGGUUUGAGCGUCCAUUAG